UAGUCUUUUCUCCAUUUUGUCUUUAGCGGUCUGCGGUACCUGGUCGCAGAGUCCAGUGGGGAAGGCUGGAAAGUGGUGCUCCCUGCCUCGUAGCCCGUGGUUUGAGCCUCCAGUGGUGCUCACAGCGCACACGUGGGAUUGAAGCUCGGAGUCGCCACCAGACCGGCCCAGAGCCGGGACAGGGACCUACGUUCCUGCAGCGGCUUCUGCUCCCGCCCCGCUCCGCCCACAGAGGGCAAUGGCGGCGCCCCCGCUGAGGAGACGGGCUGAGGUUGGCGUGACCUUUGAGGACAUUGCCCUGUACUUCUCCAGGGAGGAAUGGAGCCUCCUUGAUGAGGGUCAGAGACAGCUGUACCUGAAUGUGAUGCGGGAGAACUUUGAACUUCUAUCCUCCCUGGGUUGCUGCUGUGGAGAAGACAGUGUGGAGAUUGUGACUGAACAAAAAGUUUCUGGAAGAUUGUCACAGAGAGUUCACACUGGAGAAAAGCCUUAUAAAUGCAGUGAAUGUGGAAAAUCUUUUACCAGUAGCACUACCCUUCGUUAUCAUCAGAGAGUUCAUACAGGAGAAAAGCCUUAUAAAAUCAGUGAUUGUGGAAAAUCUUUUAAAGGUCGAAAAGGUCUCCAACAUCAUCAGAGAGUUCACACUGGAGAAAAGCCUCAUCAGUGCAGUGAAUGUCAAAAAUCUUUUACCACUAAGACCGUCCUUCGUCGUCAUCAGAGAGUUCAUACAGGAGAAAAACCUUAUAAAUGCAGUGAAUGUGGAAAAUCUUUUAGAAGUGGCAAUGGUCUCCAAUAUCAUCGGAGUGUUCACACUGGUGAAAAGCCUUAUCAAUGUAAUGAAUGUGGGAAAUCUUUUACCUAUAAGACCGCCCUUCAUUGUCAUCAGAGAGUUCAUACAGGAGAAAAGCCUUAUAAAUGCAGUGAAUGUGGAAAAUCGUUU